UCAAAGGGUGGAUAUAGCCGCGUUAGGUUAACGCGUUCAUUCAAAAUACGGAACUUGAAACCCUCCCAAUAUAAACCCUCGCUUCGUUGUGUGCUCUCUCUUUCUUCUGCAUCACUUUCCAUUCUCUUCAACCUAACGCAGCAUCGCUAUACUCUUCAUUCCAUGGCUUUGCCCAAUCAGCAAACCGUGGAUUACCCUAGUUUCAAACUCGUUAUCGUCGGUGAUGGUGGCACAGGAAAGACAACCUUUGUGAAAAGGCAUCUCACCGGAGAAUUCGAGAAGAAAUAUGAGCCAACCAUCGGUGUGGAGGUUCACCCAUUGGAUUUUUUCACAAACUGUGGAAAGAUUCGAUUCUACUGCUGGGAUACUGCUGGACAGGAGAAGUUUGGUGGCCUCAGAGAUGGAUACUAUAUCCAUGGGCAAUGUGCUAUUAUAAUGUUUGAUGUUACUGCCCGGCUAACAUACAAAAAUGUUCCCACCUGGCACCGUGAUCUUUGCAGGGUCUGUGAAAACAUCCCAAUUGUUCUUUGCGGUAACAAGGUUGAUGUCAAGAACAGGCAAGUGAAAGCAAAGCAGGUUACUUUCCACAGGAAGAAGAAUUUGCAGUACUAUGAGAUUUCAGCUAAGAGCAACUACAAUUUCGAGAAGCCUUUCCUCUAUUUGGCCAGGAAACUUGCAGGUGAUCCUAAUUUGCACUUUGUGGAAUCUCCUGCAUUGGCUCCACCAGAAGUUCAAAUUGAUUUAGCUGCACAGCAACAGCACGAGGCUGAGCUUCUUGCAGCUGCUAGUCAGCCCCUCCCUGACGAUGAUGAUGAAUCUUUUGAGUAGAGGGCUGUUUUUCUGAGUGCGCUGGUAUUUGUAUGCUACUGUAUGUGCUGUUGGGGGUUGUAGUGUUGACAUUUUUGGAUGCGAAUUCGAGGAUCUGAAUCAAUUAUCAUCCAGAUUUGUUGCUUAAAUUUAAAACCUCAGUUUAAUAUAUCAACCAUGGGCGUUAAAAAGAUGAGGAUUUGGUUGUUUCGACAAAUUUUGGGGUCUUUUAAUAUACCAUGCGAAUUGGGGUUUAGCCGAUGGAGGGUAGAGUUUGUUCCUUUUUGGGUUUUUUUUUAAAGUUAAACUCGAUACUAUUGAUUAGAAAAAUGAGGGUUUAUGUUCCUUUUGUCA